AUGUUGAAGGCGGCCGGCUCGCCAGACUUGACAUUGGCUAUGGAUCUGGCGCGCGGUUUCCCUCUCGUCGGGGAGAUGCCGCGCAGCGGCGCCGUGCGCCCGUGCACUCCGGGGCCCAGGGAGUCCCCGGGGCGGCUCCUCGUGGGCGCGCCGGAAAAGAACGAGCGCAUCCUUAGGAGAAUCAGGGCAGCAGGGCAUUCGGACGCUAACGUGGCCGAGGCCCUGCGCGACCGCGCGCGCGCCGAAGUGGAGGCUGGCCAGGCCUGCUGCCGCCCGCCGCCGCCGGGCCUCGCUGGCGUCGUGCUGUCGCCGCGAUUCGGCCCCGACGAAGGUUGGCGCGUCGUGGGCGGUUGGCGGUCCCGGAAGGCACGGGCCAUCGACAACCUCACAGCCUCUGGGGUCAACGCCACGGCCGCGGCGCACGAGAGCAUCGCGCAUGACACGCUGGACCGUUUGGUGGCCGCUGUCCAAUCCCUGGCCGCAGGCGGAGCCAGCGUGGAGCACGUGCGCUUCCGGAAGGACGAGGCGAGUGCCCACGCGUGGCAGCGCUUAGGUCUGGCCUUCCAGCGCUUUCCGUUGUACCUGCUUCGCAUAGUGUACCCGCGCUUCGUGGACGAUUUUUUCGGGGCGGAUGCGGACAGCGCUCUGCCCGGAGAUGGCGCGGUCUCCAGUGCCCCCUUGGCGCGCCUGGUCAUCCAGGAGCUGCUUGGGCGGCGGCUUGACCCUCAAAAGUCGGUCACGGCUGCUCGCAGCUUUGUAGCGCUCGGCGUGAGCGUCUCUA